CCGUAUGGAAAAAAUAAAGCUCCUCCCCAGACACGGUGUUCCCAUUAUACUUCCUUAAAAUCCUGCCAUUAUAAACUUGCACACUGACCUACUUUAGCAACAAAGGAACAGAGCUUCAGAUUCAGAGGACUCUCAAACUUAUGGAACCAAGGAUGUUUUGGUAUGUGUGUGUAUUGCUGCUGGCUGUCUCAGCGUUGGGCCACAUUGAUGAAACCACUCUGGAAGCCCAGUGGGAGCAAUGGAAGAUUACACAUCGGCGAGAAUAUAACGGCUUGGAUGAAGAGGGGAUCCGCAGAGCCAUCUGGGAGAAGAACAUGCGAAUGAUUGAGGCUCAUAACCAGGAGGCAGCACUGGGCAUGCACUCCUAUGAGCUGGGAAUGAACCAACUGGGAGACAUGACAUCUGAGGAAGUGGCUGAGAAGAUGACUGGCCUACUGGUCCCAAUGGAUCACGAGAGGAGCUUCACUAUGGCAUUUGAUGAGUCUGUGUCCAGGCUUCCCAAAUCUGUCGACUACCGCAAGAAGGGCAUGGUGACCGCAGUGAAAAACCAGGGCUCCUGCGGCUCCUGCUGGGCCUUCAGUUCUGCCGGGGCACUUGAGGGCCAGCUAGCAAAGAAGACAGGUCAGGUGAUUGACCUCAGCCCUCAGAACCUGGUGGACUGUGUCAAGGAGAAUGACGGCUGUGGAGGAGGGUACAUGACCAACGCCUUCAAUUAUGUGGAGGAAAACGGAGGCAUUGACUCUGAGGAAGCCUACCCAUAUGUUGGACAGGACCAGCCUUGCCGCUACAACUCCUCAGGCAUGGCUGCCCAGAUCAAAGGCUACAAAGAAGUGCCAAAAGGUAAUGAGCGAGCGCUGGCAGUGGCACUCUUCAAAGUGGGCCCAGUGUCUGUGGGCAUCGACGCCACCCAGCCCACCUUCCAGUUCUACCAGCGAGGCAUUUACCAUGACCCCAACUGCAAUAAAGAAGACAUCAAUCAUGCCGUGCUUGCAGUUGGCUACGGUGUAAACACCAGGGGAAAGAAAUUCUGGAUCGUCAAGAACAGCUGGGGAGAGAACUGGGGUAACAAAGGGUACGUCCUGAUGGCACGUAACCGUGGCAAUCUGUGUGGCAUCGCCAACCUGGCCAGCUAUCCCAUCAUGUAAAAGAAUCUGAGCUGAAAAGAAGGGAGGAAAAGGAGACCUUACUCUGACUUUAAGACACCACUACAACAACAUAUCACAUUGUUUGCACCUCAUGGUUUUUCUGUCGCAUUGAGUGAAAACAGAACGAAGAAAACAUUGCUGGUCAAUGGAAGCUCCUCCCUACCUGUGGCUGGAGAGUCAGUUCCCAUAAAUAUUCUGGGUUUUUUUUCUUAUGAUCAUGUGUUUUGUUCUUUGGUUCAAGCACUUUUCCUAUGAUUGAAAUGCAAACUAGUGUUUUCUAUUGUAAUGAAUAAAAAA